AUGUUGGCUAUCAUCCGUUGUGGAUGCAUCUACGUUCUCUUGGAUGGGAAGCUACCUGAUGAGCGUCUCAAGAUCAUUUUUGAUGCUGUUGCACCUGGCCUGAUGCUCUGCGAGGACUACACCAAGCAGCGCGCUCACGACAUCCCUGCUGGGGGGCCAAUCCUUUCCGUGACUGACAUACACGGCACGGUUGAGACGAUUACUGCAGCAAAUCUCGAGCGUGUGAACGAGACGACUUUCAUCCUCUUCACAAGCGGGUCAACAGGAACACCAAAGAGUAUUCGGCUGUUGCCACGAGGUAUCAUCAACUACGUCGCCACCAAGAGAUCGAAGCUCUCUCUUGGUCGAGAGGUUGUCCUUCAACAGAGUGCUCUUGGUUUUAAUAUGUCACUUGCCCAAGCAUUCCUUUCCUGGAUCUCGCGCUGGGUGGCACAUUGGCCAUCGCGCCCAGUGCCACUCGAGGGGAUCCACUCGCCUUGGGCAAGCUCAUGGCUGAUGAAGGAGUCACAUUUACGCGUGAAGGAAAUGCAAUCUUGGCGGAGGGCGACUUCUGGUGGCGAAGUCAUCACUGCUCAACUGAAGGCCUCUUUCAGAAGUCUUCAGCAGCCUCCAAUCCUUACCGAUUGUUACGGACCCACUGAGAUUUCAUGCUGCGCUACCAUUCAGACCAUUGACCUCGAGAAUGAUGAAGAUGACAGUGUCUACAUCUCUGUCGAUCCAGCGAACCCCAACACUGCCAUCUACAUCCUCGAUGAGAGUGGACACGUUGUUCCACAGGGACUCACUGGUGAGAUCUGCGUUAGCGGCGUUGGCGUUGCGCUCAGCUAUCUCGACGACAAGUCAACCUCACAGAAGUUCGUGCCGAACCCGUUUACGACGGCUAAGUAUAUUAAAAAAGUAUGGACAACGAUGUAUCGUACUGGAGACAAGUGCCUCAUCCGUGCUAAUGGCGGUCUCCAGUUUGUGGGCCGCAUGGACGGUGAUACGACUGUCAAGCUUCGUGGGCUACGUGUUGACCUUGAUGAAGUCGCCAAAACUAUGCUACAGAAGUUCGGGGGCUCUCUCGAAGAUGUUGUGGUUACCGUUCGUGGUGAUCCAGCCUUUCUCGUGGCGCACGUUGUGGUGACUCGGGGAACUUCUAUGGAUGCUUCAAAGUUGCAAGAACUGGCGAGCACCUUGCCACUCCCUCAGUAUAUGAGACCUGCAAUGGUCAUACAACUGGAGAAAUUACCGUUGAAUAGAAGUGGAAAGGUUGAUCGUCUCGCUAUCGCAGCCUUGACUCUACCUACGACAUCCGUAUUAUCUGCGUCUUUGAAGAAGGUGUCGGAUCGAAAGCCCAUGCUUAUUGAAGGAGAAUUGAGACUUAUUUGGCACAAUGUGCUAUCUCAAGCGGGACUUGCUAACACUGCGAGACUCAGUCCUGACACGGAUUUCUUCCGCGUUGGUGGUAACUCACUGCUUCUUGUCAGGCUCCGAAGUGCAAUCGAGAUCUCGAUGGGCGUUACACUACCUCUCAGCGACAUGUACCGUUCUAGCACACUCGCUGGAAUGGCGGGCCUGAUUGCACGGCAGAAGAGCUCCAGCUUUGUUCCUGGGGUAAUUGACUGGGAGGCCGAGACAGCUUUGCCUUCUCCCAUCGACUUGAGCCACUGUCACACUGCAACCCCUGUCAGGACAGAAUCGGGUAUUGAGAUUCUCAUGACUGGCUCAACAUCAUUCCCAGGGAAGCAGAUCCUCUAG